GUCACUAAGGUGUAUAAAAGCAGGAGACCAUACAGGUCUAGUCAUGUUUACUGGUUUCUGGCAUAACCAUACCUCUGGAGCAAUUUGAACUGCUAAGAAGACCCCUGUUCAGAAUGGAAUCUACUAUUGUAAGUAAUUUUAAGCCUAAUUUUGAAGCACUUAGAUAUAAAAUGGUUUUUAUAGAGUGGUUGCUUAUUUGUUUGAUUGUAUUUUUUCUUUCACUAGAAUGAAUUGACAGAUUCAGAAUGUUUGAUGGGUAUUACAAUUAAUGAAUUGACAGACUCAGAAUGUUUGAGGGCAUAUGAAGAAUGGGUGGACGAUCAAGCAUUCGCGGAUCUCACUAUUCCUGCAGAAUCCCAGGGGUCCCAGCAUAACAUGACCCCUCAGCCUUCCACAAGCCGCACAGCACAAAGUCCGCUAGGAGAACCGUCCUGCAAAAAAGCAAAAAUGGAUGGCGCCGGGCUUCCUGAAUCCCUAGCAGACAGUGUUAGUUGUGAUACUAUGACUGUCUCUCAACCAGAAGAGGAUACACACCAUACUAUGUCCCAGCUACAAGCUCCUAGCUCUGUAAACUCUCAAAAUGUGAACAAUGUUUAUCUGGAUAUGGUGCAGGCGUGGGAAAAUCCUAUCCGGAAUUUUAGAGCUGUGGAAUAUUAUCAGAGAUAUAGAUUUAUUAAUCUUGAUCAAAUCCGAUCUUUUGUAGUUGCUAUAGAGGCCAUACAUAAUGUGAUACAGAUUCUUUUGAAUAACGUAGCCAUGAACAUCGGCCCAAAUGAUUUUGUUCAACUACGGUUGGAUGCAGAGGGGUUAAACCAUCCCGUCUUUUCUCAUAGGAGGUGUAUGAAUGAUUUAAACGCUGAUGAUUUUCUCACCAGUGUUGAAAAUCUGCUACAAAGGUUUCCUCUUCUGCACACAUCUCCUCUUGGUAUGACGGGGCUUUUUCACAAGUCUUCUCUUUUUAAACGGAAUAGGCGGGCCCAACGCGUAAUUCUUCCUGGCUAUGGCCAGACCUGA